AUGAUAUCCGUUUUGCUCUAUGCAUUUCUGUUCGCGUCGAUAUCUCGCGGCUUUUCUCUCAAUAUUACGGCCCCAACUCAUCCUCUAGCCAAUUCAAAUACUUCGGUACUUCUGACUUGGACCUCCGACGACCCUCAAUAUUUUUGUCUGGUCGUUGGGAGAAGAAGUCCGCCGGAUGUGAACUUCACCUCGUCUAUACUGUCGGUCAAAGAUUUCGUUGCGACUCGCAAUGUAUCCGUUGUUUUCGUAUACACAGGCACGACCCUCAUUGAAGCCAUCAAAACAAGCACCACCGAAGCGUCAGUGAUCCUUCCCUGGAAGAUUUUCCAGCAAACCUUAAUCUCACGAAGAAUAUCCAUCGGAGCCACCAAUGUCACGUUUGCUUGGAGCGACCACUUCCAUGUAGACGAAGGUCCCGUGAUUGGCUUCUCGGUAACCCAGACUCCUGUUCAAGGAUCUGCUACACCGACCUCCACAUCGAUCUCCUCAUCAGCUACCUCAACAGACGCAUCAUUGUCGUCGAAACAUGAUUAUACAGCCCCAAUCAUAGCUGGCGCUGUUGGCGGCGCCUGUCUGCUUGCUCUGAUUGCCGCGUCACUCUUCAUAUGGCAGUACCGCAAGCGGCGAAGAAUCCCACCCUCUCGAGCCUUCCUCAAUGACCUCGAUGAUAAAAGGUGGUAUCCUAAUAGAGCCCCGCCGAAGGAUCAUCCACCACCGGCAUAUUCGCCACGCAUCAACCCUCGAGGUCACGAUGAUCCCAUAACUUCGAAGACCCCGCCGGAGCCUGGGGUUCAGAAUAAAAGCCGUACUGUGGGGAAAGGUUUUGAUCUAGGAACAUGUGUAAUUAAAUUUUCAUUCGACCCACAGGGCAAAAAAAAAACCGAACCGGUAAAAGCCUUGCUCAUUGCACCCGUCAGAUCUAUUGUUCUCCCAGAUUGA